AUGGCUGCGGCCAUGCUGCCCAGUGCAGUGUUGGCCCAGAACAACCAGACCUAUGCCAAUUACUCCUCCCAAUCACAGCCGGAUCUCUAUCCACAAACUCUGGCCACCCUCAACCUGUCCUUCCCAGACUGUGUCAAUGGCCCUCUCAAAGACAACAUUGUCUGCGACACCUCCGCAAACUACGUCGACCGCGCCGAAGGCCUCAUCGCACUCUUCACCCUCGAGGAGUUGAUCAACAACACGCAAAAUAGCGGCCCCGGAGUUCCACGCUUGGGUCUGCCUCCGUACCAAGUCUGGAGUGAAGGGUUACAUGGCCUUGACCGAGCCAAUUUUGCGAAAUCCGGCGACGAAUGGACGUGGGCUACAUCGUUCCCUAUGCCGAUUUUGUCCAUGGCUGCACUCAAUCGUACGCUCAUUAAUCAGAUUGCUGGCAUUAUCGCUACCCAGGCUCGUGCGUUCAAUAAUGUUGGUCGUUAUGGACUUGAUGCCUAUGCGCCGAACAUCAAUGGCUUCAGGAGUCCACUCUGGGGCCGGGGCCAGGAGACCCCAGGAGAAGAUGCUAAUUUCCUUUCUUCGUCGUAUGCAUACGAAUACAUCACGGGUCUGCAAGGUGGUGUUGAUCCGGAUCAUCUCAAGAUAGCAGCAACAGCAAAGCAUUUCGCUGGAUAUGACCUUGAGAAUUGGGGCGGUAACUCCCGCUUAGGGUUUGAUGCGAGUAUCACCCAACAAGAUCUAGCUGAAUAUUAUACUCCUCAGUUUCUGGCAGCCUCCCGUUAUGCGAAGGCAAGAAGCUUCAUGUGCUCAUACAACUCUGUCAAUGGUGUUCCGAGUUGUUCUAGCAGCUUUUUACUACAGACUUUGCUAAGAGAGAACUGGGAUUUCCCAGAAUAUGGUUAUGUUUCAUCAGAUUGUGAUGCGGUUUAUAAUGUAUUCAAUCCUCAUGGUUAUGCUAGCAACCAGUCUGCUGCUGCUGCCGACUCACUCAAAGCUGGAACAGAUAUCGACUGUGGACAGACGUACCCUUGGCACCUGAAUCAAUCUUUCAUUGAAGGUUCUGUAACUCGGGGGGAGAUUGAGCGUUCUAUCAUUCGUCUGUACUCUAAUCUCGUCAAGCUUGGUUACUUUGACGGCGAUAAGAGCGAGUAUCGCCAGUUGGGCUGGAACGAUGUCGUGACGACAGAUGCAUGGAACAUUUCCUACGAGGCAGCUGUCGAGGGUAUCGUGCUUCUCAAGAAUGAUGGCGUGUUACCGCUUGCCAAGAAAGUGAAGAGCAUUGCUCUUAUCGGGCCCUGGGCGAAUGCCACUGAGCAAUUGCAAGGCAACUAUUUCGGCACUGCUCCGUAUCUGAUUACUCCCUUGCAAGGUGCUAGUGAUGCGGGAUACAAAGUCAACUAUGCUCUCGGAACUAACAUCUCGGGUAACACUACGGAGGGCUUCGCGGAUGCAGUAAAAGCAGCUAAAAAUUCAGAUGUUGUCGUGUAUCUCGGGGGAAUCGACAAUACCAUUGAAGCCGAAGGUACCGAUCGUUUGAAUGUUACAUGGCCCGGAAAUCAACUCGAUCUUAUCCAAAAGCUCAGCCAGACCGGAAAACCUUUGGUUGUGUUGCAGAUGGGCGGUGGACAGGUUGAUUCCUCAUCCAUCAAAUCCAACUCUAAGGUUAAUGCUCUUGUCUGGGGCGGAUAUCCAGGUCAAUCGGGUGGUAAGGCCAUUUUUGAUAUCUUGUCUGGCAAGCGUGCUCCAGCCGGUCGUCUUGUAUCGACGCAAUACCCGGCGGAGUAUGCAACUCAAUYCCCCGCCACAAACAUGAAUCUCCGACCAGAUGGCGCGUCGAAUCCCGGCCAAACUUAUAAGUGGUACACGGGCACUCCCGUCUACGAUUUCGGGUAUGGAUUGUUCUACACCACCUUCAAAGAAACCGCGCAGAAACUAGGAUCGUCAUCCUUCGAUAUCUCUGAAAUCAUCUCCUCGCCCCGUUCACCCAGCUACGAAUAUAGCGAGCUUGUGCCGUUCGUCAACGUCACAGCCACAAUCAAAAACACUGGUAAAACCGCAUCUCCGUACACAGCCAUGCUCUUUGCAAACACCACCAAUGCUGGCCCCGCACCCUACCCUAACAAAUGGCUUGUGGGAUACGACAGACUCGCAAGCAUCGAACCCGGAAAAUCGGUCGAUCUCGUCAUUCCCGUGCCUAUCGGCGCGAUUGCCCGUGUGGACGAGAAUGGAAACAGGAUCGUGUAUCCGGGUGAUUAUCAGUUGGCGUUGAAUGUGGAUCGGUCGGUUGUGUGGGAUAUCAAGUUGACGGGCGACGCGGUGACUAUUGAGAAUUGGCCGUUGGAUGAGCAGGAGAUCAAACCCGAUUCUACCUAA